UAAGUGCGAAGAUUGCAAACGGUAUUGAAAUGGCGAUUGAGCUUGAUCGGAACUCACGUGGACUGUGCGACCCGCAAGACUAGACAUACAGAUACAGCGAGAUCUGGACAGAGAAGCUGGCCUACAGUCCGAAGCGAGCGAUGGCGGAGCUUCGCCACUCGAGCUCCAUGGGAAGCCGCGCUGUGUCGUCGUCGUCGCCGAAGAAGCGAGACGACGUAGCGUCGCCUCUGGUGCCGGAGAACCUGCCGGACGACGGCCACGACCGUCACUCCAGAGACCGAGUCCGCUCGUUCUUCUCAAAUUUCCAAUCUCUUUGCCCUUACUUUGGUGAUGAUAAUAGAUUUCACGUGUACAACUCCAAGAUCUCGCUCUUUAUCCUCGCUCUCCUUCUCCUCGCCGGAUCGAUCUCCGUUUUCUCAAUCCUGAAACGACUGAAUGCUCCAUACUUGUGCAAAAAAGAUGGCAUUACUCUUCUUUGCCCUCGAGUUAAGGAGUCUCCCUCACUUUGGGAGAAUCCUUAUUCAGCCACCACCUCAUGGAAACCUUGUGCUGAGCGGCGCAGUGGUGCAAUUUCUGAUCUUCCACCUGAGAAUGAAACAAAUGGAUAUAUAUUUAUACAUGCUGAGGGUGGUCUAAACCAGCAAAGAAUUGCUAUUUGCAAUGCUGUUGCUGUGGCCAAAAUAAUGAAUGCCACCCUUAUUCUGCCAGUGCUGAAGCAAGAUCAGAUAUGGAAAGACCAAACGAAGUUUGAAGACAUAUUUGAUGUAGAUCAUUUCAUUGACUAUUUGAAGGAUGAUGUUCGAAUUGUUCGUGAUAUCCCUGAGUGGUUUACUGAUAAGUCAGAACUCUUCAGUAGUAUAAGACGGACGGUAAAGAACAUUCCAAAGUAUGCCCCCGCACAAUUUUACAUCGACAAUGUUUUGCCUCGGAUCAAGGAGAAGAAGAUAAUGGCCCUAAAACCUUUUGUUGAUCGACUUGGGUAUGAUAAUGUUCCUCCAGAAAUCAAUAGGCUAAGGUGCAGGGUGAACUAUCAUGCCCUGAAAUUUCUUCCUGAUAUUGAACAGAUGGCCGAUUUAUUAGCAUCAAGAAUGAGAAACCGAACAGGCAAUUCAAAUCCGUACAUGGCUCUUCAUCUUAGAUUUGAGAAAGGGAUGGUAGGUCUAUCGUUCUGUGAUUUUGUGGGGACGAGGGAGGAAAAAGUUCAGAUGGCAUUAUAUAGAAAGAAAGAAUGGCCUCGACGGUACAAGAAUGGCUCCCAUCUCUGGUCACUGGCUCUGCAGAAGAGGAAGGAAGGACGGUGUCCUCUUGAGCCUGGAGAAGUGGCGGUGAUUCUCAGGGCAAUGGGGUAUCCUAAAGAAACACAAAUUUAUGUUGCUUCUGGGCAGGUUUAUGGUGGACAAAACCGCAUGGCACCACUCAGGAACAUGUUUCCAAAUCUUGUCACGAAGGAGGAAUUGGCAAGCAAGGAAGAACUGGAUGGCUUCAGAAAGCAUGUCACGAGCUUGGCAGCACUAGACUUCUUGGUCUGCCUGAAGUCUGAUGUGUUUGUAAUGACCCAUGGCGGCAACUUUGCCAAACUGAUAAUUGGGGCUCGCAGGUACAUGGGUCACCGGCUUAAGUCCAUAAAACCGGACAAGGGGCUCAUGUCCAAGUCCUUGGGCGACCCGUACAUUGGUUGGGCGACCUUCGUGGAAGAUGUGGUUGUCACCCACCAGACGCGAAGUGGAUUACCCGAAGAGACUUUCCCAAACUAUGACCUCUGGGAGAACCCUUUGACGCCUUGCAUGUGUAGAGCCUGACUUUGAUAACAACUUAGAACAUUCAAUGUCAGAUAAUUGGUACAUGGAUCUGCUUCUUGAGCUUGAGGUAAGCAGCUUUAGAAAUUUCGAGUUGCUCUUCCAUGAAUCUAAAACGAGUGAGGAUACUUGCAAAACAUAGUUCAUACAAGUUUAGGAGGCAAGUGAAGGCAUGGCACGGGCUGGUGUGGUGGAGGAUACAAAUCCGGCCGCUAAAAGACCGUGGUGGGAUAGGGUACCUCUCUCUUGUGGGGGAGGGGGAUAGACAGUUUUGUAUUCUAAAUGCCCAGAUCCAUCUUGUUUAUUGGUGUUGUCUCCAGAUAGUUAUGAGAUUUAGUCAGUCCAGAAACGACAGCUUCUUUUC